UUAAAAGUCGUAUUGUGGUUAGGGCUUUAAAAAUAAAAUAAAAGUUGUCAUUACAAUUUACAUUUUUAAAAUAAUAUAAUAAACACAAUAUAAACAUUACGUUAAUUAAAUAAACAUAUAUGUAUAUAUAAAUUCACAUACAAACAAAUUAGCUGGAAAUUGUAUCAAUAACCUCUAGUUUUACAUAAAGUUUUCUUAUUUUUCACAAGUUAAUCGCUAUGUAACACAUAACCUAUUUAUGGAUUAAUUUUUUAUCAAAUUUAUCUUUUUUAACUUCUUGUUCAGUAUUAAAUUAUAAAUACAAACACAGUUAUGAGAGAUUUGAAAAAACUUAGCGAUAAAACUCGUGAAUACCGAGAAAGGUAUAAUCCGUGUUACACAGAAGAACGUUUGUCUUAUAAGUGUUUAGAAAAGAAUAAUUACGAUAGAGAAAUGUGCAAUGAAUAUUUCUUAAACAUUAAAAUAUGCAGAGAAUUCUGGGACAACAUAAGAAGAGAAAGGAGAAUGAAAGGAGUUAGACCUGAACUUCCAACUGCGAGUGAACGAGAACAAAUUAAAGAAGAGUUUCUACAAAAUCAAAAAAAAAAUAUGAAAAAAUAGCAUAGCUUUUGUUAAAUAAUUUUCUUCGUUAGAUAGAAAUCAAGAUUAGGAUUUAUUUUAUGUUCAACAAAAAUAAAACCAAUGUUUUGGUAAAAAUUAA